AAGUCCUGACUGCGCAUGAGGCUCAUAAAUCAGUCAGUAUAUCUGCUGAGGGGAGUUGGAUCACAGGUGAAUUAUGGGUAUAAUUCAAGGUUUAAGAUUUCCAGCUAAUCCUGGAAGAUCCCAAAACAAUCCCAGGAAAUAUGAGUCACAUAAUCCCUCCAGAACCUCAUGAUGGUCCAGACAUGCCCAGAACACCUCAAAAGGGUGGCACCCAGGGGGCAUUCUGACCCGAUACCUUCUGGAUCUAGAACCUGUAACUCCAAGACAACCCGCCCGUCAAUCUCGAGACGAAGCGUGCCAAACCCUGCCAGUGCCUGUUGGAGGUCCCAGCCUGGUAAAGACAACAGGACCACAUCAUCUGCAAAAAGCAGAGAUGAAAUUCUGAGGUCCUUAAAUGAGACCUUGAGAUCCGGACCAUGAAAACCAUCACCAGACUCUGAUGACUCUGGUGGAGGUCAACGCUCCAGGAACCUCUUGGACUUGAAACAACCAUCACUGUGAUUAUGAAAGGGUCUGAAGACUCAGCAACAGCCCACGUGUCCCCUGCUCCUGCUGUGGACCCCCCAGGACCCCCCAGGAUCCCCAGACCAUUUCCAAAUCAACAGAACACUUUCUGAGCGAGUCUCUCUCCUGUCUGGUUCAGAACACUUCCACCCUCCUCUCUGAGCUGGACGGCCUUCUGUCCUGCUGUUGUCCACGUGUAAGAUAAGUAGUUUCUGCCAAAGCUGGUGCCAGGGAUCUCCUGACCCCAGAUGAGAGCAUCAACUCCUUAAUGAGACCUGAGAACAUGACCUCCUUAGAUCUCCAGUCCUCAACUUCCCUGAUUAAACAUGUUUAACUUUCCCAGAGCGGUGGAUCAAAGGCCUGAUGAACGGACCAGCCUGGAUCAGCCUCUGGAGAGCUUCACCAUGUCCAUCCAGACUCCAACACCAUCUGGGCUGAUUCAUCUCCAGGUUGUGAUCAGGCAGCAGAUCUGCUCCAGUCCUGGAUCAUCAUCAGCUCUGAUGAUACAAAGAAUAGAGAUCAGUGAAGACUUUGGGCCGAGGAUCUGCUGGUACCAGUUAGGAUUCUAGAGUGUCACCGACCUCCACCUUCAUCCUGAUCGUCUCCUAAAAGGUCGUAUCCUCCGAUCGUAGCUGAUCGUAACCAUUCAAGUUAACGUGUCGAUUUACACCGACUUCUUUCCGUUCCUCUGUGGAUCGCCGGACUCCUCAGCUGAUCACAAGAGUUCUAUUUUUUCUGGACGCCGGAGCAUGGCGGAUAAAUGACUCUAGAAGUCUAGAAGUAGAUUUCCUCCUCUGGAAGGACACAAUCUACUGCUUAUAUGUCUAUGUGUCUGUCUUUAGAGAGACAACUCGUUAUCAUGUGAUUGAACGUGAAUCCGCAGGUUCUUGUGAGUUCUUGUGAUUCCUGCUGUCUGUAAUCCGUCAUGAAAUCCGCCUCACAAACAGAUCUGGUAGAAAUUGGCAGACGGCGAAAAUCACAGUUGCUCCGAAUCGGCGCCGUUUGGAAGCGGUGGAAAUCCUGGGUAACUCCAGACUCUGAUACUCCACAUGAGUGUCAGAGUCUCCAGUUUGACCACAGAGUCCUUUCAGGACCGCCGUUCUGUAUUCGAGGAAAUCCACCCGCCCUCACUGACGUUCAGUGGAUUAACUCACCCGACAACUUCUCGUCACACGGAGGUGACCCACCUGGUCCUUGAGGAGAUCUCCUCAAAGUGGCUCAGCCAGAGACCUAUUAGUGUCCUCAAAGUGGCCUCAUGAGUCUUACUGAGAGCGGUACAGAGCCCAGAACUCUCCAGGAGGUUCUGUUCAGAAAAGUUCUGGAUGUGGAUGAGAGACCAACUACGCCGAGCUGGUACUGCUCCACCUUCAACUCCAUCUCAUGAAACCCUCAUUCUCCAAAACAGAUUCAGAGGAUCCAGAGAAAUCUCUGUACUACAGGAGAAGAACCGUCCGGAGGUCCGAUGGAUCAGAAUCUAAAGUUCUUUUCAGAAAUCCUGGACCCUCAUCCUCCUCUCUAAAGAGCAGAAGGUCCGCUCGGCUUGAUCUCAGCUCCCAGUCCAAGUCCAGCAUCCCUGACGGUCUGGGGAUCAUCAGAGUCCAUGUCCUAGACUGAACCACAUCUCCAGGUUUAGGAGCAACAUCUGCUCCAACAGCUGAUGCAGUGAUCUUCUGGACCACCUUCAUUAACCCCUCAUGUGCUGUGGGACCACACGGAGACACUGACCUGACUCCUCUGUGUCUCCCUGUAGGUGGCGCUCUGGCUGAAGGUUUCCAUGAGCGGCUGAGAGAGUUCCAGAUGUUUGAGAGGACGUUUGAGGUACAGACAGAAGAGCUGCUCCAUGCUGUCUUUGAUUCCCUCAGACCAAUGAUGAGUGAGUGUAAAUGACCUUUGACCCCACAGGAGUUCAUCUCUCAGUCUGCUGUGAAGACCAAGUUUGAGCAGCACACGGUCCGAGCGUGGCAGAUCACCGAGGCCAUCAAAGCUGUGAUGGACGCCAUCAACAUCGCCUCCGCCGACAAAAAGUCCGCAAAAAUAAAAACGUCUUCAAUGCCUCUGGUUUCCAGAACCACACAGCGUUUUUAACUGUGACCUUUGACCUCUAACAGGAUCUUCUGCCUGGAGGAGCGGGAGGAUCACAGGGACCGGCUGGAGUUCGUCCGGGGACAGAUUAACCGCCUGACUGACAGCGUCAGAGAGAGGAUCAAGACUCUGACCGAUGAGGCCGCCGCCAAGGUGAGAAAUCUGAGGGACGAUCAGCUGACGCUCCGUUUAACCAGGACACACGUCUGAUAAUAACAGACAGAUGAAUACUAACAUAUAUAAAAACAUGUAGUAAUAAUAAUAAAUAUUAAAAACAUAUAAAUACAAAUAAAUAUAAAAACAUGUAUAAAUAAUUAUACACAUAAAACAUGUAUUAACAAUAAUAAACAAACAUUUCUUUAAACUGAUAAAAACAGAUUUUAGUCAGCAGAACAAUUUGAACAGUUAAAUCAACAUUUUCAUGUUUUCUUCUAAAUAAUUAAAUUGUUUUGUGAUUUUCUUUCUUGUAAAUCUUUUUGUUUUCAUUUUAAAAAGUUGGUUUAGUGACGGUGGUUUGGGGUUAAAUUUGAUGUUUCAGGAAUAUUUUGUGUGUUUUUUUCAUUUAUUUUAACGUGACAAAAGUUGACAUUGAUUUUUGUUUCUGGCACAUUUUUAGGGGUUCAUUCAUAUUUUCUGGUUCAUGAAAUAUUUUGUUUUUCUUUUGAUGAAAUUUUUAAUCAAAACUUUUUGGACUUCACAAGGUUUUUUUUGUUUUGAAAAUAUUUCUGUUUUUUACAGAAUAUUUGGGGGUUUAAGGAAAUAUUUUUCAGUUUAUUUUUAUUGUUUUAAUUUUGUAAAAUAUUUGUAGUUUUUAGGAAACAUUAUUAGUCUGUGAAUUAUUUUGGUUUUGUGAAAUAUAUGUGAAGUGAAUUUUUGUUGCAGUGCUGUGAUGAGGACCAACAUUCACUGAUCCUUCUUUCAGGUCGCUGCAGCGCUGCUGGACCAGAUCAGAACCCUCCCUGUUCUGGUGGAGGAGUUCAGAGCGGACUUCAGCCCCACACAGGAAACCCUGGAGCUCUACAAAACUGUGAGUACUACACAAGAAGUACUGAGGGUACUACUAAAGAAGUACUGAGGGUACUACUGAAGAAGUACUGAGAGUACUACUGAAGACGUACUGAGGGUACUACUGAUGAAGUACUGAGGGUACUACUAAAGAAGUACUGAGGGUACUACUAAAGAAGUACUGAGGGUACUACUAAAGAAGUACUGAGGGUACUACUGAAGAAGUACUGAGGGUACUACUAAAGACGUACUGAGGGUACUACUGAAGAAGUACUGAGGGUACUACUAAAGAAGUACUGAGGGUACUACUGAAGAAGUACUGAGAGUACUACUGAAGACGUACUGAGGGUACUACUGAUGAAGUACUGAGGGUACUACUAAAGAAGUACUGAGGGUACUACUAAAGAAGUACUGAGGGUACUACUAAAGAAGUACUGAGGGUACUACUGAAGUACUACUAAAGACGUACUGAGGGUACUACUGAAGAAGUACUGAGGGUACUACUAAAGAAGUACUGAGGGUACUACUAAAGAAGUACUGAGGGUACUACUGAAGAAGUACUGAGGGUACUACUGAAGAAGUACUGAGGGUACUACUGAAGAAGUACUGAGAGUACUACUGAAGACGUACUGAGGGUACUACUGAUGAAGUACUGAGGGUACUACUAAAGAAGUACUGAGGGUACUACUAAAGAAGUACUGAGGGUACUACUGAAGAAGUACUGAGGGUACUACUAAAGACGUACUGAGGGUACUACUGAAGAAGUACUGAGAGUACUACUACUGCACAAGUACUGAGCAGAGUUGACAACAUUGAUAUUACCUGGGAAUCAAUCUGACCUUGUGUAACUUUACUGUAAUAAUGAUGAUGAUGAAGAUGAUGAUGAUGAUGAUGAUGAUGAAGAUGAUGAUGAUUAAAAUGAUGAUGAUGAUGAUGAUGAUGAUGAUGACAAAGAUGAUGAAGAUGAUGAUGAUGAUAAUGAUUAAAAUGAUGAUGAUGAUGAUGAUGAUGAUGACAAAGAUGAUGAUGAUGAUAAUGAUUAAAAUGAUGAUGAUGAUGAAGAUGAUGACAAAGAUGAUGAUGAUGAUGAUGAAGAUGAUGAUGAUGAUAAUGAUUAAAAUGAUGAUGAUGAUGAUGAAGAUGAUGAUGAUUAAAAUGAUGAUGAUGAUGAUAUUAAUGAUGAUGAAGAUGGUGAUGAUGACAAAGAUGAUGAAGAUGAUGAUGAUGAUGAUGAAGAUGAUGAUGAUUAAAAUGAUGAUGAUGAUGAUGAUGAUGAUGAAGAUGAUGAUGAUUAAAAUGAUGAUGAUGAUGAUGAUGAUGAUGACAAAGAUGAUGAAGAUGAUGAUGAUGAUAAUGAUUAAAAUGAUGAUGAUGAUGAUGAUGAUGACAAAGAUGAUGAUGAUGAUGAA